AUUUAACAUUACAUUUCCACCUAACAUAUACCAUCACCAAACUCCAUAUUCUAUUUGCCCAACUAACAUUCUAUUUUUCCCAACUAACAUAUAGGAGAAUGUUUUUUUUUUCUUUCUCUUUAGUCACAUCUGAACUGGAGACAGUAUUUAAAUGACCUUCUUAACAUACCCAAACUCAUACAUUCUCUUCUGCUCCAACUUCUUUGACUGGAAUUAAUAAAUGGCUGAAUCAGAACAUUCUUCUAGUGAAAAUGCAUCCAUUGACACCAUAGAUGAGCACAAUAAACAAGAUUCUGAACUGGAGUUCUCAGAUGAUGAGGAAACGCUGAUAAUCAGGAUGUUUAAUUUGGUUGGAGAAAGGUGGAGUCUGAUUGCUGGGAGAAUUCCUGGAAGAACAGCUGAGGAAAUUGAGAAGUAUUGGAACACAAGAUACUCGACAAGCCAGUGAAA